AUGGACGACGACGCGGUGCGCACGCCCCGGCGCGCGCUGGACGACGGCUUUGACUCGACGUUGGGCGACGCGACCGAGACGACGAGCUUCCACAAGGCGGACGAUUCGCUGUUCCAGGUCCUGCGCAACACGCCCGCGCCACGCGAGGCGCGCAACGGCGAAGAGACCGAGAGUGCCGAGCAGGUGCAGCGCCAGCUGCAGCAGCUCCAGCAGCUCAACGCGGUAUUUGAGUCGUACGAGGCGGCGCUCUCAGGCGGCGUCGACCAGGUCGAGACCUUUGCGAAAAAGAUCCGCGAGACCGAUCAGCUGCUCGACGCCUACGUCGACCUACUGAAGAACGCACAGGCGCGGCGCACGCUGCUCGCCGAGCCGACGUGGCACGGCGCGACCAAGGACGCCGCCGACUACGCCGCCGAGCAGCGCGAGGCGCAGCGGAGAGAAGAGGCACGAGCCCGCCCGCCCGCCAAGCAGUCGAUGCGCACAUCACAGCGGCCGACACGCGGCGUGCCGCGCAGCACACGCGGACGCGCGGCGCCGGAUCCAGGCCGCACGGCGCCUACGCGCGCCGCGACCUCGCGCGCACCGGCCGGCACGGCCAGCGCGACGGUCGCGUCGGCGCGCCACCCCGGCGCAAGCACGACACGCGGCGCGCGCCCGGCGUCGGGCCUGCCUGUGCGCGGCGCACCGAACCGUCUGCGCUUGCUCGAUGCGCUUCGCACCGGCGAUCGUGCGACGAUCGACUCGGUGUUACAAGGCCUGGACGUGUCGCAGCCCCGGCCGCAGAUCGAGUCGCCGUUGCACCUCGCCGUGCUGUGUGCGGAGCCGCCGACGAUUGACUAUGUGAUCAAGCAGUCCGGUAUCGAUCCGAACAUGCAGACGAGUGAUACACGCAACACGCCGCUGCAUCUCGCGGUUGACAGCGACCGCCUGGAUGCCACGGCGCUCCUCCUGUCGCUUCCGACGAUCAACGACGCGCUGGUGAAUGCGGACAACAAGACGCCGCAGCAGCUUGUAUCCUCGCCGGACAUGACGCAGCUCCUCCAGUCCGCGCGCAUGGAGCUCCGUGGGCGCAUCACCGACGCGCUCGAAGACUUUGAGCAGGAAGUGGCCCAAGGCACGCUCGACGGCGCGGCGCACAACAAGCUCCUCGCGCUCGUGCAGCUGCCGCGUGUGAAUGCGGUGGACCUUGCGUCGGCGAGCCGCACGUCGGGUGACGACGUGCUGCACGCCGCCGUGCGUGCCAAGGCGACGCAGCUUAUCACCGCCUGCGUCCGCCACGGUGCGGAUCCGUUUGUGAAGGAUAUGAACGGGCGCACAGCCGACAGCGUUGCGCCGGAUGCCAGCAUCCACGCGCUACUGCGCCAGCUGACGAAUGCAGAGGUCGACGAGUCGAUCGCCGCGAGGCAGUCGCCGACCUACCGCGGCUUCCUCGGCAAGUGGACCAACAUGGUCGGCGGGUACAAGAUGCGCUGGUUCGUGCUCAGCGACGGCAUCCUGUCCUACUACCAGAGCCCGGACGACGAGGGACGCCACGCGCGUGGCUCGAUCUACCUGCGCUACGCCAAGAUCAUUACCGACCACCGCGAGAGGAACCGCUUCGAGAUCGUGAGCCGCAUGGGCAAGGGCAUGAACAAGCUGUACCUGCGGGGCAGCGACUCGGCAGAGUCUGUGCGCUGGAUUCAGAUGCUCGAAAAGGCGAAGCGCUCGGCAGAGGAGGCCGACGUUAAGGACCCGGUCGAGCGCACGCGCAGCCCGGCCGGCGGCCUCGCAGCGCCGCGCCCGGUCCUCGCGCCGAUUGCUACGCAGGCGCCCAGCCUCGCGCCGCCGCCACAGCAGCCGCCGUCGGCCACGUCGCCGCUCUCGUCGCACCGCCCGAGCAUUGCUGGCUCAGAGGUGGGCACGCUCGACGAUACGUUUGACAUCCGCGACGACCACUCCGAGGUGGCGUCGCUCGACGGCGACCAAGGUAUUCCGCACGGCAAAGAGUUUGCCGUGGUCAACAACAUGCUCAACAUGCACUUUGACGUCUCGUUCCAGCUCCUCGACCAGCUCGCGCAGUCGACCGCAGGCACGUACGUCGCGCCCCCGGUCAACACUCCCGAGGGGCUCGCCAAGCCCGUGUCGCAGCUGUCGCUCGGCGGCCAGAACACGGGACACAACGAGAUUAUCGACGCGCUGCGUGCCUCGGUCAAGGACCGCUUCCGCCUCUGGCAGGAGUACAAUGCCAUGGUCCAGGACCGCGAGAGCUAUCUCAAGGAUCAGCUCGAGCGCGAAAUUGCCACGCGCAAGCUCUGGGAGGAGCAGAUGACUCACCUCGGUAAGCAGCACAGCGAGCUCGAGGGCAACCUGCACGAUGCCGUGUCGGUGAUUAGCUCGCAACGCAAGGAGCUCAAGCGCGUGCAGAACGACCAGAUGGCCGACACGGUCAAGGCCGGCGGCGAGAACCUCUCGUCGGGCAUCACGGCCGCAGUCGGCGGUGCGGCCGCAGCGGUCGGCGCAGUCGGCACGGCCGCGACGUCGUUCUUCCAGAAGCCAUCGCGCGAGUCGAGCUUUGACGACGUCGACGACGAGUUCUACGACGCGGUCGAGUCGGGCAACCUGCCGAACCUCUACGUCGAGGCACCGCUGUCGGAGCGCCAGAACUCGAUUAACAGCACGUCGCAGCAGCAGACCGGCGCACAGCCGCAGCAGACCGACGCACAGUCGCAGCAGACCGACGCACAGUCGCAGCAGACUGACGCGCCGCAAACGCAGGAGCCAGAGGAGCUCACUGACAAGGUCGCGCAGGACGAGCGCCGUCCUUCGAUGCGCGAAAAGGUCAAGGCGGCUGCGGGCGCGAUCGGCGGUGCGGGUGCGGGUGCGGGAGCAGGCGCCGGCAUUGGCGAAGCGAUCAAGCGCAAGAUGGGCAAGGACAAGUCCGAGCAGCCGCAAGACCAGCCGGGUCAGCAGGGUGAACAGGGCCAGCAGGGCCAGCAGGGUGAGCAGAGCCAGCAGAGCCAGCAGGGUGAGCAGGCCCAGUCCCAGCAGGGCGCGUCGCAAGACGCCGAGCAGGAGCAGGACACGUCCAACUACCCCAUGGACGAGCCCGGCUUUGCUCCGUACGAGCACCUGCGCGAGACGCUCCCGAUCAGCAAGGACAACCGCCCCUCGAUGUCCUUGUGGUCGAUUCUGAAGAACAACAUCGGCAAGGAUCUUACCAAGAUUUCGUUCCCUGUCGCAUUCAACGAGCCGACGUCGAUGCUCCAGCGCAUGGCCGAGGACAUGGAGUUCUCCGAGUGCCUCGAUGCUGCUGCGCUGCAGUCUGACUCGACGCGCCGCAUUGCGUACGUCGCCGCCUUUGCCGCGUCGAACUACAGCUCGACGAUCGGCCGUAUUGCAAAGCCGUUCAACCCGAUGCUUGGCGAGACGUUUGAGUACGCGCGCCCCGACUUGCACUACCGCUACGUGAGCGAGCAGGUGAGCCACCACCCCCCCAUUUCCGCGUGCUAUGCCGAGUCGCCGACGUGGGAGUACAUGGGCUGUGUCGAUGCCAAGUCCAAGUUUAUGGGCCGCACCUUUGAGAUCCGCCCGACCGGUGUCGCCCACGUGCAGAUGAAGGUGAAGCCUGACUGGGUGCCGCAGUCCAAGCGCAACGCGCUCAAGCACGCGCCGAACGACGAAAACCUGCUCAUGGAGCACUACUCGUGGAACAAGGUCACGACUUCGGUCGGUGGCUUCAUCGUCGGCUCGCCGACCAUUGACCACUACGGCGACAUGACCGUGGUGAACCACGUCACGGGCGACAAGUGCACUUUGACCUUUAUGCCCCGUGGCUGGCGCGGUGCAGACUCGCGCGAGAUCCGCGGCAAGGUCACCGAUGCUUCCGGCAAGGUCGUGUGGGAUAUUGCCGGCCGUUGGAACAGCCAGCUCGUGGCGCGCCGCGUCGACAGCGGCUCGAGCAGCCUGAACCCCGACAGCAAGGUCGGCAACGCGGACCCCGUGUCGAGCAGCCAGCAAGACACCCAGCUGAUCCUGCUGUGGCGCAACAGCGAAAAGUUUGCGUCGCCGUUCAAUCUGACGCCGUUUGCCAUCACGCUCAACUCGUGCCCCGAGGAUCUGCGGCCGUGGCUGCCGCCGACCGACUGCCGUCUGCGCCCCGAUCUGACUGCGUUCGAGCACGGAAAGUUCGACAAGGCCGACGAGCUCAAGGUGUACCUCGAAAACUUCCAGCGCGAGACGCGCCGGAAGCGCGAGGCAGGCGAGCUGCCCGCGCACAAGCCGCGCUGGUUCGAGCGCACGACCGACCCCGACACCCACGCGCAGUUCUGGAAGCCGCUUGUCACCAAGGGCGAGCACAACCGUCCGGAGAUGAGCUACUGGGUGGAGCGCAUGAAGAUCGGCUCCGAGCACGCCCACGGCAACACCGAGGCGCAGUGGCCCGAGUGCGGCCGCAUCUUUGGCGAGUAUUCCAAGUAG